AUGAGUUCAGAAGGACUAGUGAGAAACAUCGUUGUCUUUGGAGCCGGCGGCACCAAUAUUGGCCACCACGUCGUAAAAGCACUCGCGGCCAAGCCCGAGUCGUUCAACGUCUCCAUCAUCGCUCGCAAAUCAACCAAGUCGACAUUCCCGGACGGUGUGGAAGUGCAGUACAUCAACGACGCCCUCCGGUACGAUGACCUCGUCAACGCCAUGCGAGGCGCCGACGCGGUGGUCUCGGCCGUCAAGCGCUUCCUACCCUCGGAAUAUGGCCUCAACAACACCCACCCUGCAGCCAGAGCGCUUUGUCCCCUCUUCGAUGCCAAGGGUCGGAUAGUCGAGAUUCUCAAAAGCAAGGAGCCAACCGGCCUCACGUGGACGGCUGUACCAACCGGGUUAUGGUUGGAUUGGGCACUCGAUCCAGCCAUCUGCUUCGCCGAUAUCAAUAUCAAAACGCACACAGCGACAAUCUGGGGUACAGGCGAGCACACCUUGUCGUGGAGUACCUUGCCCUGGGCCGCAGAGGGCAUUGCCCAGAUCCUACUCUCUCCUCCUUCCAAGACCGCCAAUAAAGUGCCGAUCCGUGCGUUUGAGGCGUCUCAGAACGACGUGCUCGCGGCACUCGAGAAGAUCCAGAGCGUCAAGUACGAGAUCACCAAGCACUUUGAUGCGGAAGAGGUGAUUGCAAAGGCGCAGGGCUCGUGGCACGAAAACAAGGAUAUGCCGUCUGCACUGUGGCUCGUCAAGGUUGGGAUGUUCCUUGAUGGGUACGGGAGUGAUCUGGUCCAUGAGGCAAUCGCACAAGUUGGGAAUGAGUAUUUGGAUCUGCCGGAGUUGGAGAUGGAAGCCGUGAUUGAGCAGGCGGUCAAGGUAUGGUCAUAA